AUGUAUCUCAAAGUCAUAGUUGUCACCCAUCCAGUGACGAAAGGACUUGAACCAGAUAUUACUUGUGUGAGAGAUUCCCAACUUACUGGUGUUACAAAAUCAAACAUAAGUGCCAGUGCUGCUACUGUGGAUGGCGAAGCUAUAAAAAAGUCUGGUUCCAAAAGGAAACAACAUUCUGAUCUUACUAAGAACUCCAAAAGAAGUAGUGCAAAGUCCAAUUCAGAGACUUGCAUUUUAGAGUCUGUUAAGGAACCAAACUCUGAAACUCGGCUGAAUACUUCGCCAAGGAGGAGGGACCGUAAGCCUAAUUCUUUGAUGAAUGCAGAAGAAGGCUACGAUCACUCUUCGAUUCAUAUGGGAACAAAAACCGGAAAAUCAGCUCAAUACAGAAAGGCCCACAAUACCAGCUCUGUUUCUCCAGCUUCUAAAAAUCCUAUCUCCAGAAAGGAUAUGAUGCAGCCAGAGCCUAAAACGAAACAUGUAGCUCUAGUUUCUGAGCCAAGACAUGAGAACAUUGCAAAACCAGCUCAAUUGAGAAAGACUUCAGAUAUUGGCAGUGAUUUUCUUCCUUCUAAAAUCCAUGCUUCCAGCAAGGAUAAUGUAUUGUCAAAGUCUGCAGAUAUGAGCGUUGGUGUUAAAUCAUUAGUAGCUAAACCUAAAAAUGAUGAGAACACUGAUGCUGCUCUGCGUUUUACACAUGAUAAAGAUGGAAGCCGCCCCCAAAGACGUCGCCCAAGGAAAAUAAGUAGCACAGGUAAUCAAGAUGUUCAUACUAAUUAUGUGUCAAUGUCAAAGGAAGGCAAUUUGAAUCCUCUGCUCGACAAGACUCUUCCCAAAUCCCCUGAUGUUGGGUUGGAAAAGGAAUAUCAUGAAAAACCUCAGCCACCCAUUAGGAAAAUUAAGUUUACUCUGAAGUCUAGUGGGGGAACUGGUGUAGCUCCUGAAUUGGUGGAUGCUAAUGUGGAACCUAAGGUUUCUUGUGAAGAUGAGGGGAGAAACAAGUCAGCUAUGAAUGCUGAGGUGGAAAAUAGAGAAGAGGCCAGAUCUUCAGGUCAACCAGAGGUUAAGAAAAGGAGGAGGCAUGAUGAUGCUACUCCUAACAAAGGUCUCAACAAAUAA